CUUCAUAUUCCCAUUGCCACAACUGAACCUGAAAACACUUACAGUCACAACACCUACACACUUAUUUAAAGUUCCCUAUGCUGACAUGAAAGCUAAGUCACCACCCCAUUUCUUUUUGGAAGAAAAAAAUAAGGGGAAGUUGGACAAUUUAAAAAGAGAAGCACUCACUGACUUAACUAAAGAGCAGACGGGGUUAGAUUGUUAGACGAGCCACAGAAAGACAAGGUGAAGACAGAGGAGGAGUGCUGGUGACUGAGGGAGGAAGGUUCAGGAGACCCCAACAAAACAAAACAAGCAACAGCCACAGCAGGAAGUGAUGAAGAUGGUUGGAGGCGCUGCGCAGAGCUUCUGGCUGCUGCUCACACUGUGUUUGAAAGGUAUUCUUGCUGGUGAUUGGUCAGUUCAUCUCCCCUCCAGUCCUAUCUGUGUUGUGGUUGGUUCCACAGUGGUUCUCCCGUGUUCCUAUGACUACCCCCAAAGUUCAAAUGAAGCCAAGGAGGAGGGACGUCCCUCUGCUCAGGGUGGAGGUGGAGAAGAAGGACAACAGUACAAAGUUUUGUCUGAGAUGUGGUGUCUCAAAGACAGCCGCUGUAUCACACCGAGAUAUGUCUUUCACAGUGACGGUAUCUUCCCAGAUCCAUCCUACAGGAACAGGGUGGAGUACCUGGGACAACCAGGAACAAAAAACUGUUCUCUGAGGAUUUCUAAUGUGAGACAGUCAGACAGUGGAGCCUAUGUGUUUUACCUCAUCACCAGCCACCCUACACAGAAGAUGCCAGAGCAGAGCGGUUUACAGCUGCUGGUGGCAGACUCAUCCAGCUCAGUGACAGUAUCAGCAAGUUCAUCCAGUGACAUCACUGAGGGCGGGGCUGUACUUAUGGCCUGCUGCAGCCCUUCAGCCGGUCCACAGGCCCAUUUCAGAUGGUACAAGAACACGAGCACCGGCCUAAGACACACUGGACGUGUGUGGAACCUGAGUGAGGUUACAUCUGAUGACUCUGGCAGCUACUACUGUCAGAUACAGACUGGAGAUAAAGUACAGAAUUCUACAAUGCUGCCCAUUGAUGUAGAGUACUCCCCUCGAAACACAACUGUCUUAGUCUCUCCUGCUGGAGAGCUACAGGACGAGCUUCCCGUGACUCUGACCUGCAGCAGCGACGCUAACCCACCAGUCCACAUAUACACCUGGUACCAUGGUGCAGCGUGUCUCCCUACAGCAGACAAACGCUUUCAUCCAGCAAGACAAUCACUGGCUACACCCACCGGAAGAGGCCCGACACUCAGAGUUGCCAACAUUACUACUAAGGAAUAUGGGCAGCACUGCUGUGUAGCUCGCAACAGACAUGGAUCACAGACUAACAGUGUAACCCUCACAAGUUCCAGAGCAUUGACCCCAUCUGAGUCUUCAGGAAGCAGAUUGGUGAUUAUAGGAGUGACCAUCGGUGUUCUACUGGCUAUUAUAGCUCUAGUAGCUCUACUCAUUACAAGGAGAAAGAAGUCAUCCCAGCACCAAUCAUAUGUCCUCACCGAGACCACUGCACACUGAGUUCUGUAUAAGCAAUGUCCAGAAACAGAAAACACUGAAGCAGCCUGUAAAUACAGUUAUAAUGAUCCAAUUAAAAGCUGUUAGCAGUUAGGACUGGGACACAUCCGUGUGGUUUUGAGUAAACUCUUCAGUGUGAUAAGACUCUCACAGAUACUGACCAGAUCCUGAGAAGUGGAGGAGGAUGAAAACCAGGAGGACAGUGACUCUGAUACCAGGACAUGCAUUUACAAAAUGUACUUUUCAUCUCAUUAGUCAAUUUUUAGAAUUCAGCUUUUCUCCAAUGUAUCGUAUUACAGUAAGAAUAGCCUAGUAAAGCAGUGCACACAUCUUCUUUUUUUAAAUGCUAAUUAAGUAAACAAGGAAGUGGAUUGUUUCAUUUUGCAAACAUUUAAAGAGACAGUUCACGUAUAAGCACAUCACAUUUACUGUACAUUCUUAACAUUUAUAUGGUGUUUUAACAGGAAACUGAGAUAGUUAGUGGUGCUCAUACAACUGCUAUAAGCUACAUUGUAUUAUCAGGUGAGAUUUGUUCUCAGUGUUAUGUACAUAGCAUAUAGAAGAGAGUGAUACAAAGAUUUACAAAAUGGUUGCUAUCUUAGAAUUAAUAAACAGCUUCUUCUUUUUUUUUACUUUCCAAUACAGAACAUUUUUUGUACAGAAAACAUGCAGCAGGUGUGAGAUGUUUUUAUAGUUGUCAUUUUUCAUUAGAAGUCCACAGUAAGAGCACUGAAUAGUGAUCAUUGAUUACUACAAUAGUGUGGCCAAAGUGUCUAUCUAUGUAAAAGCACAUGUUGAUCAGUUUACAGUGUGAAACCCAAAAGUUCACUAUUAUAGACCCAAUAAACAUUAUUCUGUUUGUAUGUUGUUUCUAAAACAUUGAAUAUUAUAAAAUCAAAAAAAUAAAAUCUCAACCCUAACUUAAAAAGGAUGAGGCUGAGGUUAGUAAUGCAAACUAUAUUAAUAUGUUGCAGACUCAAGGUUUACAAGUUAAUGUACAUGAGUAUUUUGAACUCAAGGGGGCAGCAUAUCCUCUUCUGGACACAGUCUGCCGCUAGUGAACCAUUCACACUAUAGAUUUAUUUCCUGCAACAAUAUUUUCAGACCAGAAACACUGUUAAAAUGGGUAUAAAUAUAACAUUUUGACACAAAACUAGAAUUAAAAGAGAAUGGUUCCCCUGUAAUGUCACAAGAAGGAUACAAAACAUAUUCACCUCUGUCUUCAGGUUGUGGGUAAUUAACUGAUGAAAUAAACAGCAGUAAUGUUAUCUUGAUAAUGUUACAAUUGUCUAAAAUUGUACAGAAAAGAAGAGUGUUCACACAGACAGAAGUCGGGAAUAAAUGCUGCUUUUACAGGAAAUCACUACACUUGUGCCAAGUGUCUGUCAGUGUGUGCAGUAGGGAUGUUUUCAUAAUCGUUGUGGUUCUCCUGAAACAUAACAGGGCAAUAUUAGAAAGUGUGACACAUUGUCAUUAUUUUAAACAGAGCUAUAGGUCCUUCUUACCUCUUUGUCCACAGCAGAACUACAUCUCCACCUGCUUCACAAAUGAAACAAGAAAGAUUUGUACGUUGAACUGAGUCAUUAAAGACAGUCAUAAUAAAAUUAACCAUGUCAAAUGUGGGGUGUCGAUUAGCUCAGUUGGUAAAGCAUCUGCAUGUACGAAGGCUCAGUCCUUGCCGCAGCAGUCCAGGGCUCGAAUCCGACCUGCGGCCCUCUCCUACAUGUCAUUCCCCAUCUCUCUCUCCCCACAUUCUUGUCACUCUUUAGCUCUCUCUAUCCAAUAAACUUGAAAAAAUUUAAAAUCCUAACCCUAAUCUUAAAAAAAA